AUGGCCAACGGGAUGACAGCGUAUGAUGAGCAUGCGCCCCUGCCGAAGCUGCCGGUCCCUGAACCGACGCUUUCGAAAGAGAAGCUGCUCCUGUCGACGCCAACCGUAAUCGUCGACACGAAGAAGGACGCGAACGCGACUGAACUUCAGCAGUUCUGUUACCGCAACCAGUUCGCGGUGAUCAAAAGUCUGACGUCGGCCAUCAAGCUGGACCUGGGACUGUUUUCGACCAAGACUUUAGUAGAAACGGCGCCUGACUUUCAGGUCGAGGUCCGCACUCAGCUCUACUACCCAAACGAGCCGGGCAUCAUCACCAAAAAAGAAAGCUCUUGGGCUGUUGAAAAUGCGCGCUCCAUCACAUCUGUCGCCAAAUACGCGCACUACCAGUUGCAGUCGUUCCAGCAGUCGUUAAAGGAAGAACACGAGCGCAGCAAAGCCAAUUCGCGCAACGGUUCUUUGGCCGGCGAUUGUGACCCUUUCGGCAAGAAGUCGUUCGCUGACGGUCAGCCAAAGGUGAUAAAGUUCGGUAUCAACGUCGACCUAUCGGACGACGUCCGUUGGAACUCGCAGUUGCAGGUAUCAAUCGAUAUGAUUCGUUAGGC